GCCCAUAAACUGGACCCGUCUAACUUCUACCUGCGUCUGAAGGUGUGUGUAGAGGAGCAGCUGCUGCUAUAUGUUCCCAAACUGGAAGAAGACAUCUCUGAUCUGCUCUACAAAGAGAUUGAGAUAUGUCCCAAAACCACCAAGAUGAUCCACUUCGACAAAGCUGAGUCCUGCACGUUGGCAUACGGUUUCUCAAUAGCAGUAGUAGACGAGGAGGGGACUCAGAAGCUCCACAUCACUGAAGUAAAGGCAGGAGGACUGGCUUCCGCUAAAGGCCUGCUUGCGGGUGAUGAGAUCCUGUUGUUAAAUGGUAAACCGGCGUCGGCUCUGGGCGUGGUGGAUAUGAGGUCAGCGUUAGUCGGCCCCUCGUUGUCCCUGAGCGUGAGCACCCUGCCGACCCUUGAGCCCCUCUGCCCCUUUCCCCCUCGACGCUCCAACACAGCAGAAUACGACACCUGUACAGACAUCUAUUCCCAGAACCAAGAGGACAUUCUGGAUGAGGUAUCAGGGUUGACGGUGGUCAGUCCGGAUGAUACUCUGGAGGAUGAGUCAGUUCUGGAUCUGGAGAAUUCAGGACGCAACCAGGCGGACUACGCUGAGACAGGACACAAGCCCUUUGAGCGUGUUUCUCGUGUGAUAGUGGUGACCUUUGAGAAAGGUUGUUUGAUUGGUUGUCUCAGAGUGGCAGAUGGGAGGAUCUGA